GGAGCUGAUGCCUUUCCCAGGAUGCGAGGGUGGCCUUUAGCUCUGUUAGCCCUCCUCUCGAACGCUGUCAGCAUAUCUGAAUAAAUCAGGGUGUCGCCAGGGAGAGAAUAAGGCUUUGAAGUACAUGAAGUGUAUUUUCAUCUCGGUCCCCUUUCUGGACUGAGAAGCAGUGAUUUGGGGUGGUAGUGACUCACCAAGCAACAAACAGUGCUUUGCUCUCAACUCCCCUUGUACCUCCACGCCUCCAAAAUGAGUGUUUUGGUGUGAUAAACUCUGCUGUGGCUGUAGCCAUGCAGAAGAGAUGUGUGUCUCCCAUAUCCCUUUGGGAGAGAAGACAUCCCGUUUAAUGAACCAGGAUGGAUGUGUUUCUGUGGGGCUGGUUUGCUGGACUGGAGAAAGGAAUAACUGCACAUGAUGUAGCUGCAUGUUGCUGCAUCAGGAGCAGUAUCCCCUCAUUUUGGAUAAUGUCUCAUAGGUGGUUUGAGAUAAGUGCAUUAAGGAAAAUGCACGAAAAGUGUGAAAAGUGUUUAUCCUCCCUUUCUUGAGCAGACCUCUUCUGAUUCAUGUACAGGGUGCUGCAUAAUAUGGGUUGUUCCUUUCCCUCAGUGGUACCCUAUCAUAGGCAAGAUUGCACCUUGUAGGGGCACAGUCUUUGUGCUUGGUCUUUUUGAGGGUACUUCUGUAAGUAAAAACAGUUGUAAGUAAGAACAGAUGGUGUUCUUAGACCUUUUCCUUUCUGAUUAGCUUUGGGGACUGUUUCGGUGUAUGUGUGUACCCUGUAUGUCUGUUUCUUUGUGGUUCUAAUUUUCCAGUUAGUGCUGGAGGCUCCUAAAUUGUGUCUGCAAUUCCUUCCUCAGGCAGGCCUGACUGGCUUUGUGCAGGAAGAGUCCUCGGAAAUCUGCACUAGCUUCUCUGAGCAGAAGUUUCUGGGAGUUCUCCAAGGUUUUAACUUCAAGAGGAUUACAGUAUAAAGAGCAAAGGAACACAGAGAAGCAGAGUGGCUGGACGAGUUUGGGGGUGUCUCAGAAUUGACAGUGAAAAGGCACCUGGGAAGCUGAUAAGAUGUCAUCUCUACCAAGGAGGGUGAAAUCUGUAGCCAAAGCCCCUACAUCAGAAGACCUACCUUCAUUUCUUAAUUCGACCUCUGAAUCAGAGGAGGAAGAGGAGGAGGAAUGGGAGCCAAAAAGCAAAGUGGCCAGGAAACCUCAUUUGCCAAAGAAAACUGAGGCAAAAACUAAAAAAGCUGCUGCUCUGCGGUCAACUGUGGCCAGGAAAAUGGUCAAGAAAGUAGCAAUAAAAGAGGAAAUGGAUGUAUCCUUGCCUAUUGCACCUGCAGAAGAUAGUAAAAUGCAGCUUCUAAAACCUAAGGAAGAAAAUGCAGACACUAAAUCGAAAAGUUUAAAUCGAAUGCCACAAGUGCCUAAGAAAAUGGAAAUAAAUUCAUUCCAAGAGAAUAACCAAAACAGUUUAGUGAGUAAUGAAAAACCCUCAACAAGUGUUUCUGUAGUGAAACAAGAGAAAUGUGAGGAGGAGUUUGCAUUUGAUGAACCACCUUCUAAAAAGAUGAAGUUGAAUGCAUGUCCUGAAGGAAAGCCAGUUAAAAAUCUGGGAGGCAACAAAAUAAAAGAAGAAUUUGAAAUGAACUGGGAUAUUGUACAGGCCUUGUCAGAAAUAACAAAUGUUGAACCGUGGGUAUGUGCAAACUUACUUCGGCUCUUUGAAGAAGAAAACACGAUUCCUUUUAUUGCUCGGUACCGAAAAGAGCUCAUCAAUAACCUGGAGGCCGAUGCCUUGCGGGAAGUGCAGCACGCAUUGGAAGAGCUACGUACUGUUGCAAGGAAGACACAUACGAUGAUACAGAAGUUGAAGAAAGAAGGAAAGUUAUCCAGUUCUCUUUUAAAAGGAUUGCUAAAUUGCAGAACUUUGGAAGAAUUAGACCAUGUGUCUGCGCCUUAUAAAAGUGGGAGUAAAGGCACCAAAGCCCAGAGGGCCAAGCAGUUGGGAUUAGAACCUGCUGCUCUCUCCCUGCUGCAGAAUCCUGUGGAACUCAAUCUCUUUUCUUACAUUAGACCCAAUACCAAAGGGCUUGCAAAUAUCCAGGAAGUAGAGGCUGGAGUGCAGCACAUUUUAGCAGACAUCUUUGCUAAAGAUAAAGAUACACUGGAUUUUAUCAGGAAAUUAUGCCAGAAAAGGUACAUUUCCAUCCAGUCAACAUUGGCAAAAGUGUCGUCCAAAAAUGGAAAUGAAAAAGAUAUCGAUAAAUUCCAACUGUACCACGAGUUUUCUUGUAAUAUAAAGAAUAUUCAGCAUCAUCAGAUUCUGGCCAUUAACCGAGGGGAAAAUCUGAAGAUCCUGACAGUGAAGGUCAACAUUCCUGACGGGGUGAAGAAUGAAUUCUGUUGGUGGUGUGUCAAUGAAAGAUGGAAACCAAAACAAUUUUUAAAACCGGAAUUUAUGAGGCUAUUCCGGAGUUCUGUAGAGGAUGCAUAUAAACGCCUUAUAUAUCCUCUUCUGUGCAGGGAAUUCAGAUCUAAGUUGACAUCUGAUGCAGAGAAAGAGUCUGUGAUGAUGUUUGGGAGAAAUCUCCGUCAGCUGCUUCUGACCAGCCCUGUGAGGGGCCGUGCUUUAAUGGGAGUAGAUCCUGGCUACAAACAUGGCUGCAAGUUGGCAAUUAUUUCACCAACCAGUCAGAUCCUCCAUACUGAUGUAGUUUACUUGCAUUCUGGUCAAGGAUUUCGUGAAGCUGAGAAGAUAAAGAGGCUUCUCCUGCAGUACAACUGCAGCACUGUUGUGAUUGGCAAUGGCACGGCCUGCAGAGAAACAGAAGCUUACUUUGCUGACUUAAUUAUGAAGAAAUAUUUUGCACCAUUGGAUGUUGUUUACUGCAUUGCCAAUGAAGCGGGAGCAUCAAUCUACAGUGUCAGUCCAGAAGCGUCCAAGGAAAUGCCAGACCUAGACCCUAACCUAAGAAGUGCAGUUUCCAUAGCUAGACGUGUCCAGGACCCAUUAGCUGAGCUAGUGAAAAUUGAGCCCAAACACCUAGGAGUUGGAAUGUAUCAGCAUGAUGUAUCACAGACUUUGCUCAAAGCAACUCUGGAUAGCGUGGUUGAAGAGUGUGUCAGCUUUGUAGGAGUUGAUAUUAACAUCUGCUCAGAAAUACUAUUAAGACACAUUGCAGGACUGAAUACUAACAGAGCUAAAAAUAUAAUUGAAUGGCGAGAGAAGAACGGACCAUUUAUAAACCGAGAACAGCUCAAAGAAGUGAAAGGUUUGGGUCCCAAAACCUUCCAACAAUGUGCUGGCUUCAUCAGAUUCAAUCAAGAAUAUAUCAAGACUUUUUGCAGUAAAAAUGACCUUGGAAGUCGUGCACUUUUGACUAAAGCAGGUGCACUGGGUAAAAAGAAGAGUAAGCUGACAUCAUGUGCCUCACAGCAGCCCAAUCCUUUGGACCAAACUUGUAUUCAUCCAGAGUCUUACAACAUAGCAAUGAGGUUUUUAUCUCUCAUUGGAGGAAACGCAAAUGACAUAGGAAAAUCAGAUAUGCAACAAAAAGUAAAUGUGGUAAUUCAAAAGGAAGGAAUGGAAGGCACAGCCAAAAAGCUCAAUACCACCGUGCACACGCUGCAGCUGAUCAUUGAUGGUCUCACUCAGCCUGAAGGCUAUGACAUCCGCACAGAUUUUGAUAAACCUGACUUCAAGAGAAGCAUAGUCUGCUUUGAAGACUUAAGUGCUGGUGCUGUUUUGACUGGAAAAGUUGAAAAUGCAACGCCAUUUGGAGUUUUUGUUGAUAUUGGUGUGGGAAAAGCAGGCUUGAUUCCAGCGCGAAACAUAACAGAAGCAAAACUAUCUAAAGUGAAGAAGAGAAGAAGCCUGGGCCUAGGUCCUGGAGAAAGAGUGGAAGUUAAAGUGCUUAAUGUUGAUAUUCCUCGAUUGAGGAUAACAUUGGAUCUUAUUCGUGUUUUAUGAGAGGGGUUUCAGUAAUUGAGCCUUGACUUUAAAGGAUGAGUAAUGUCAGCAAGGUUGUGGAGACUCAG